AUCAACAGCAACUCCCUCCCUCCGGGCAUUGAACUUGUGUCGGCCGAUAACUUUGAAGAGUGGUUCCUGGACAUCCGGGUACUCGACAACAAUCCUCUUUACCUGAACGAGAUCUACAGACUCAAGUUUCGUUUCAGCGCGCAGUAUCCCAUCGAACCUCCCGAGGUGACGUUUGUGAAGCUCGCCGACCGACCAAUCCCGAUCCAUCCCCACAUUUACUCCAAUGGAAUCAUCUGCCUUGAUCUCUUGGGACAGCAAGGAUGGAGUCCGGUGCAGAAUGUUGAGAGUGUGUGCAUGAGCCUCCAAAGUAUGUUGACGGGCAACAGCAGAAACGAACGGCCCGCGGGUGACGAGGAGUUUGUGCGUGCCAACAGACUGCGCCCCAAGGAUAUCGACUUCUAUUACGAUGAUAACAACGUCUGA